AUGCCAGUGCCGUUGCGCUCGUCGCAGCCCGGCGAGCCCGCGCCUGGACGGCUCGGGAUCGGCCUCGCCGGGUUCGGCGCGUCUCCGGCGGGGAACAUCGCGCCGCUGCGGCCCGACACGCGCAGGAUAGAAGGAGUGCUCAGCAAAUACACCAACCUCAUUCAGGGCUGGCAGAACAGGUAUUUCGUGUUGGACCCUGAUGUGAGUCAGCUGCAGUAUUUCGUGAGCGAGCAGGGACGGAGUCAGAAGCCCCGCGGAUCCCUGCCUCUGAUUGGUGCGUCUGUGAUGUCGAGCGACGAGGCGCCUCACAUGUUCAUCGUCAGCUCAGCCAAUGGGGAGCUCUUCAAACUCAGAGGUAUUUUACACUCGCUUUCUCGGUGGAACGCCACAGAACAGCAGCUUUGGAUGACACAGCUACAGGCCUGUACCAGACGGCACUCUGACAGCAGUGCCAAGAUGAGGAAACUGAAGGACUGGGAUGAGCCUCUGUGUGUCGAACAAACUCAGAACACACUGGAUGCACAGGGUUCAUCAGGCCGGACGCGAAGUGUCUCUCUGCUUCCUCACCUCCCUCCGUCUUCCUCUCCUGUAUCUCAGAGACAUCUGCCUCACCACGGGCCUCCGAGCAACGUCGUUACCAUCACGCACCAUAAGUCGCCUGCAGCCGCCCGCCGUGCCAAAAACCAGUACCCAGAGCGCCUCCUGGAGGUCAAAGAGGUUAUGAACCAGGUCGAGGGUCAGCAGAAGAGUCUGGUCCAGUCCAUCGAGUCUCUGCCGAUGCGUGGAUCCCUGUCCUGUCUGGAUCAGGACCUGCUCCUGCUGAAAGCCACCUCUGCCGCCACCCUGAGCUGCCUUGGCGAGUGCCUGACUAUAUUACAGCAGAGCGGCGGAAACAACCGCGGGCCGCCCUCCGGUGAGUCCAAUACGGACACCCUACAGACGCCCGUGGCUCCUCCAGACCCGGAGCCGGCCAAAGAUCAGGGCGAGGUGGACUGCGGUCCCUGUCCGUAUGUAACGGGCCCCAUGCACCUAAACGUUUGUAAUAAAUGUUGUUUAUAUACAUUGAGGGGGCGGGGCCUGCAGAUCCAAACAGGAGGGAAACACCAAUCAGAUAAUGUUCCCGUGUGGACCGUCCCAAAGUCGCCCUCAGGAGAACAUCUGAGGAACGGCGGUGCUGCUACCCUGAGCUCCACUGAGCCCUCGCCCACCCUUAGGAAAACAAACCUGCUGCAGAACACUGAGGAUGGGACGGAGGUGAUAUCUCCUGAUGAGGAGGUGAUGGAUUCAGAUGAUAACACUGAAGAAGAUCUGGGUGUGUUGGACGACCAGAGGAGCGUCAUUCUGCAUCUGCUGUCUCAGCUCAAACUGGGCAUGGAUCUCACACGCGUUGUUCUUCCCACCUUCAUCCUGGAGAAGCGUUCACUACUGGAGAUGUACGCUAACUUCAUGGCGCACCCAGACCUGUUCCUCUCCAUCUCUGCUGGAAGCACCCCGGAGGAGCGCAUGGUGCGUUUCGUCGAGUAUUACAUGACCGCCUUCCAUGAAGGACGUAAGGGCGCCGUCGCCAAGAAGCCCUACAACCCGGUGCUGGGCGAGACCUUCCACUGCUCAUGGGAGGUUCCACGAGAUCGCGUCCGCCCUCUGAGGACUGAGACGAGCCCCAGGACCAAUCAGGAGGCAGCAGGGGCGGAGUCAGACUCGUACAGGGUGCGUUUUGUGGCGGAGCAAGUUUCCCAUCAUCCUCCAGUGUCAGGGUUUUACUGCGAGUGUGCGGAGAGAGGCAUGUGCGUCAACACACACAUCUGGACUAAGAGCAAGUUCAUGGGCAUGUCAGUGGGCGUGUCUAUGGUGGGAGAAGGCGUGUUGUACCUGCGAGAUCACGGGGAGGAGUACAUGUUUACAUUCCCGAGUGCAUACGCUCGAUCCAUCCUCACCGUGCCGUGGGUGGAGCUCGGAGGAAAGGUAACCAUAAGCUGCGCCAAGACCAGAUACUCGGCCAACGUCACAUUCCACACCAAACCCUUCUAUGGGGGCAAAGUUCACAGGGUCAGCGCAGAGGUGAAGCAGAACUCCAGCGGGAUGGUGGUGUGUAAAGCUCAGGGUGAGUGGAACGGGACGCUUGAGUUCAUCUACAGCGGAGGAGAGACCAAAGUCAUCGACACCAACAAACUCCCCGUCAUGAGGAAGAUGAUUCGCCCUGUGCAGAAACAGGGCCAGAGCGAGUCCAGGUGUCUCUGGCAGCAUGUGACCGCGGCGCUGAAGGAAGGGAAUGUAGAUCUGGCCACUGAACACAAGCAUGUGUUAGAAGAAGACCAGCGAUCAGGCGAGAGACAGAGAGCCGCCGACAACAUGCCCUGGAAACCCAAAUACUUUAACAAAGAGGGUGACGGAUGGGUCUACAGAAACCCCUUAUGGACAACGCACUGAAGAAAGGAAGACGAACACCGAUGAGAUGAACACAGAGACUGAAAACAAACAGCAAAAAUCAAAGCCAGGAGAAUAAUGAUGCAUUAUGAUGCCUCACACUAUAGACUGUACAGAAAACAAUGUGUAUAUAU